AUUUUAUUUUAUAAAUAUUAUGUAAAAACGGGUAAUUUCUGUUAACAGUUAAAGCUCCAAGCUUUUCUUCUCUUCUUCUUCUUCUUCUUCUUCUUCUUCGGUAUCAAUUUGCUUCAGAGUCUGUAGCUGUGAAGCUAAAGAUGAGUAAUUUGAGGACAGUGUGUAGGCCUCAUGCCAUGUUUUCUUCCUUCAUCUUUAGCAGCGGAUUCCGAUCUAUCCCCACGGUUUCCUUUUGGAACCCUAAUAACAAACGCCGGUUCUCACUUUUUUCUCACACCUUCAAUUCCUCGCCCUGCUUUUGUCCCACUCAGAACUGGUUCCGUAUCAAUCAGCGGAGAACGCUCGCCAUGGCUUCCAAUUGGGCUAACGAAAAAUCUCCUUAUGAAACUCUCGAAUUAGAGAGGGAUGCUGAUGAUGAACAGAUAAAAAGUUCGUAUAGACGCUUGGCUAAAUUUUAUCAUCCGGAUGUUUAUGAUGGUAGAGGAACUCUUGAAGAAGGAGAAACAGCUGAAGCUAGAUUCAUCAAGAUUCAAGCUGCUUAUGAAUUGCUCAUAGAUGAUGAGAAGCGGAGGCAGUAUGAUGUAGAUAAUCGAGUUAAUCCAAUGAAGGCAUCUCAAGCAUGGAUGGAGUGGCUUAUAAAAAAGCGCAAAGCUUUCGAUCAACGGGGCGAGAUGGCAAUAGCGGCUUGGGCUGAGCAACAGCAGCGUGAGAUGAAUCUAAGAGCUCGACGCCUUUCUCAAUCAAAGGUUGAUCCUUUCGAAGAGAAAAGAUUACUGGCAAAAGAAAAGAAGGCGUCAAUAGAGUACUUUAACAGCACACUGAAGCGCCACGUACUUGUCUUGAAGAAAAGGGAUAUAAUGAGAAGAAAAGCAGAGGAGGAAAAGAAGAAGGUAAUAAGCCAACUUUUAGCUGAGGAAGGCCUCGAGCUCGAUACAGAUGAUGAUGACAACCUGUAGAUAGUACAUUGAAUUUAUUGGCCUCAAAGAAAAUGCUGCAAAUAUCAAUAGAAGAAACAGAAAGAGGAACUCUAAAAUACCUUUAGUAUUUGUUGUACAGAAGAAUUGUAUAUACUGUUUAGUUUACAGUCCUAAAGAAAGAAAAUGAUUCUUGCACACGAAA